AUGUUCUAUGUAAAGCGCUUUGUGCACAGGCUGAGUCUUCAUCCGCAAUAUCUUGGCCAGAACAUCCAAUCCCUCAUUCAGGAGUACCUACUCAAGAAGGUGGAAGGCACAUGCACUUCUUCUGGCUACAUAAUCUCAGUCCUUGGAAUAGAUGGAAUAAGUGAAGGGAAAGUACUUCUCACUGGGCACAUUUCUUUUGAUGUUGAAUAUCAAGCAGUCGUUCUAAAGCCAACAAGUGGCGAGAUCGUAGAUGCGCCGAUUGUCUCAAGCACGAAGAUGGGCUAUUUCGCUUCGGUUGGGCCACUUUCAAUCUUUAUUUCAAACUAUCAAAUACCAAACACAACUCUUGAGGAACUAGGAAACAACAGUGUUGUUAGGCUCAAAAUAAUAGGAACUAAAAUAGACAGUACAAAGGUAUACGCAAUAGGAACAUUGAACGAUGACUUUCUUGGCGUUAUUUCGUAG